UGGCAACAUUCGAAAUCCGUGACAAGUCUGAAAUCUGUAGUUUUUGGUCGGUUUUGAUUUCAGAAGUAGGUCGUGAAAUUGUCAGGAUAUGGACGAAAUUGAAAAAGAAAGAAUAGCGGCCUUGCCGUCUCAAUUGCUCGUUACAACAAUAUGCCACCCCAUGGAAUAUGUGAAGGUCCUCAUCCAAUUAGGUUACGAACCUAUGCCUCCUCGGCGAUCGACAACAUUGUUCGGCCGCCCUGCCAUGAUAUUACCUAACGGUUUCCAAUACAUCAAGUAUAUUAAAGCUUCGGAUGGAUUCUUCGGUUGUUACAGAGGCUUAUCGGCACGACUACUCGGCCUCAUCGCUUCAAGUCAGCUCACGUCAAAGGUAAUACACGCAGUCGGGAUUGACCUGCCAGAAAUCAAUGACCCCCCAAACAUCAUCACUGACGACGAGCCGAAGCUGGAUGACUACAUCAGGCUCGGGCGCCGGGACAUGAUCAUGCACACCGCGUCCGUAGUAGUGUCUUAUCCAUUCCACGUUGUGUCUGUGCGAAUGAUGGCUUCAUUCAUUGGCAAAGAAGAACAUUACAGCUCAUUGAUAGGCGCUAUUAUAUCUAUCUACAAGGACGACGGAAUCCUCGGCUUUUUCCAUGGGAUUAUACCUAAACUACUCGGGGAUUUGACCUGUGUAGCAGUCACGGGAGCAUUAGCUUACUAUGUAAACAAAUACUUUGUGAAGACGAAGGACCUACGUUACUACACAGUGCCGUUGCUCACGUUUUUGACGAGCACACUGACAUACCCUCUGGUUGUGGUGUCCACUUGCAUGGCAGUUGCGAGCUCCAGUCUGCAGGCCGGCAACCCUCCAGCCAUGCCCAAGUACCCCUCAUGGCACGCCUGCUGGCGGGACCUGCUAAUAAACAAGCAACACAAACGUGGGGCCUCCCUAAUCUUUAGGUACUACAUUGCUCCAAUUGCAGCCAUGCAGUAGUCACUCUUUAGCCCUAAAUACAUUGCAUUUAUCUAUCUAUGUUUAUUUGCUAAGUGUUAUUCCACAAUCACCAAAGUAGAUUCAAAGUCUUGUAGAAAGAUUAAUGUGUACAAUGAAUGUGUAAAUAAUUUAGUGAACGGUGUAUUUUGUGGAUAUUCUCGUUUUGCUAGAUUGUUGAGUAAUGGUGUGGAUAUAUUUAAAUAAAUAUGUUGUUUCUCAA